GACUGUUAUCGUUCCGAUAAAUGCUCGGUCCCAGCAGGUGUAUUUAAAAAUUCUGACAUUUUCCCCGUCGUUUGUCCGUUGCACUGGAAUGGCGCGAUCGGGCUACACAAGCGAUAUGCUACCAUCAUCGCACACUCACGCGGCUCACGCUUGAAGCUUGAAGGCGAUUCUAACGAAGCAUUCAGAUGAGGUUCGCCUAGUGUUUUAAUUAAUUUAUCACGGCAUAUCCAAUGUGACCGAAACCCCUGGAGACAGAGAUGGUGAGCCAUCCAACAGCCCUUCGUAGAGUGUCUUAAACUUCCCGCGAACGGAGCAACGGAACCUGCGCUUCGGGACGCGACAGCAGCAGGUGUCUCGGCGGCAUCGACACAAUUGCAGCACGUGCUGCCAUCUGACGCUCUUUCCUAAAGACUAGCAUUAUGUCGACGUCCAGUGUUCGCGUCCGACGGCAGCCAGCAGCAGCAGCAGUAACGGUAGGCGUGUAAUAGCAGCCGCGGACUCGAACGCCAAGUGAUCUGGAUCGGUGAGGUGGCUGCGCGUAUUCAGGCGCGCUCGCCCCCGAUGGGUCCCAGGUGAUACCCGUCGCCGACCCUGCCGCUGCCGCGGUGACAGGCGCAACCAGCCGUCGCUCGAGCCUCCCCUGCGCCUCAGGCAUCUCCUGUUCGUCGUGCGGACCCCCACGAGCGUAUGGCUCACAACCACAAGAAGCUCGUCGAGCCGUCGUCGUUAGGCUUCGCAGUGCCCGAACACCCCGUCGUGGUCGUCCAGAUGACGGACCCAAACAACAGCGCAUCAGUCACAUCGCAGUCGUCUUCGGUGGCCUCCCUCUCGUCGCUGGCGCAGGGCGUCGUGCAGGCGCCGCGACCGAACGACAGGACGCCGCUUCUUCGGCACACCAGGCUGUUUCGCAGCCUGAGCGGGGGCACGCAGAGCCCCCAGCAGACGACCUGUCAGGCACCGUCGACGCGCCGACUCGCCACGUUUUCGGGAUGUUUCACGCCCGUCUGCCUCUCCAUGUUCAGCGCGAUCCUGUUCCUACGGAUCGGUUUCCUAAUAGGUCAUUCUGGUUUGCUAGAGUGCCUGGUUGAAAUUGUGCUUGCCUACUCCAUCCUCUUCUUCACCGUACUGUCCAUCUGCGCAAUCUCGACAAAUGGUGCCGUGGAAGGAGGGGGUGCCUACUUCAUGAUCAGCAGAGCCCUAGGACCUGAAUUUGGUGGCAGUAUUGGCACCUUGUUCUUCAUUGCAAACAUCUUCUCCAGUGCCCUGUAUAUCACAGGAUGCGUAGAGGGCUUGGUCAACAACUUCGGCCCAUCUGGCGGGGUGGCACGCCUUCUGCCCGAGGGCUUCUGGUACAACCUGCUGUAUGGCACGGGCGUCAACUUCGUCAAUCUCAUUGUGUGCCUGGUGGGGGCGACCAUGUUUGCCAAGACGACGGUGGUCAUCUUUGGCGUGGUCAUUGUGUCGGCCCUGUCGGUGGUGGUGAGCUUCCUGGCGCAACCCGCUUUCGACGUCUUGCUGCCCCAGGAAAACCAGCACAUGCGUGAACUCAACAUCACUCAUGCCCCGUACACUGGGUUCAGCUGGGUCACCUUCACAAACAACAUCUGGUCUUCGUACACCAUCGACUACACCACAAAGACCAUGACCACCUUUCCCAUUGUGUUUGGCGUGCUCUUCAGCGGUGUCACAGGCAUCAUGGCUGGCGCAAACAUGUCUGGGGAGCUGAAGGACCCAGCUAAGGCCAUUCCCAGGGGCACCCUGUCUGCUGUUGGCUUCACCUUCGUCACAUAUGUUGUCCUCAUGUUUCUGACAGCUGGCACCUGCUCCAGGCUGUUGCUACAGAACAACGUGCUGUACAUGCAAUACAUAGACCUGUGGCCGCCUUUUGUGGCCAUCGGCAUCUUCUUUGCCACCCUGUCAGCAUCCCUCAGCAACCUCAUUGGUGCAUCACGUGUUCUUGAGGCGCUCAGCAAAGACGAACUUUUCGGUCUUGUGCUGCGGCCAGUCAGCAUCCUUGUUUACAAGAGCAAUCCGUUGGCAGCAGUCUUCACUUCAUGGUUUCUUGUGCAGCUGAUUCUAUUCAUAGGCAGCCUCAACACCAUAGCCCAGGUGACGUCGGUCUUCUUCUUGCUGUCGUACCUGUCAACGAAUUUGGCCUGCCUCGCUCUCGACCUGGCAUCAGCGCCCAACUUUCGGCCAUCUUUCAAGUACUUCUCGUGGCACAGCUCGUUGCUGGGCCUGUUGGGCUGUGGCACAAUGAUGUUUGUGGUGAGCCCGCUGUAUGCAGCCAUUGCCAUCAUCAUCUGCCUGGUGCUGGUCAUUGUGCUGCAUCUUCGUUCGCCACCUGUUCGCUGGGGCUCUAUCAGUCAAGCACUGAUCUUCCACCAGGUACGCAAGUACCUUCUCUUGCUGGACAGCCGCAAGGACCACGUCAAGUACUGGCGGCCACAGUUCCUGCUGCUGGUUGCCAACCCGCGCUCCUCACUGCCACUCAUCCUGUUCGCCAAUGACCUCAAGAAAAGUGGCCUGUAUGUGCUCGGUCACGUCAAGGUCGGCUCGCCCAAAGAGUUUGCGGCCGACCCUGUCCUGGAGGAGUACCCCUACUGGCUUGCCCUGCUUGACAAGCUCAAGGUUAAGGCAUUUGUGGAGGUGACCAUGGCACAGUCCGUGCAAGAGGGGCUGCACCACCUGGUGCGCGUAUCUGGCCUGGGAGCCAUGAAACCCAACACCAUCCUGUUUGGCUUUUUCGACGACAGCCACCCGACGGACUUCUUUGACCAGAACAGCUCAUUCAAGGACUUGCGAACUGCCAAGGUUGGUGUACGCCAGCAAAGAUUCAAGGAUGAGCAUUGUCAUACGGACUGUGACGAACAGACGGGCAGACAGGUGCGUGAGGAGGAGUUCCUGGGCCUGCGGGACGCAUCAAGCCAGCAGCGGCCGCUGGGUCCAGCCGAGUAUGUGGCCAUGGUGUACGACUGCAUGUUCUGGAUGCAGAAGAAUGUGUGCCUGGCACGCCACUUUCAGCAUCUGGACAAAGCAUCAGUUGUGCGGUCUCGCACACGCCUCUACAUUGACGUGUGGCCCCUGAACUUCCUGAACCCGGGAGACAGCCCCGGCGUCAUCGACAACUGCUGGCUCUUCACCAUGCAGCUGGCAUGCAUACUGCACAUGGUGCCGGGCUGGAAGCAUGCCACCACGCUGCGCAUCUUCAUGUGCAUCGGGCCCUGCGGCGCAGGAGGCGACGGCGGCGAGGAGCAGGUUGCUCGCCACCGGCGCCACUGGGAGAGCAUGCUGCAGCUGCUGCGCAUCGAGGCGACCAUCAGUGUGGUGCUGUGGGACCACGUGGCGGGCCUGCUCGAGGGUCCGCGGGAGGACUACUUGCACGCCGUCAACGCCAUGAUCAAGCAGCACAGUCAGACGACGGCCGUGCUCUUCCUGUACCUGCCGCCACCCCCGCCCCCCUCGGACGAUGGCGACGCCCAGCGCCUCGCCUAUCUGAACCAGCUGGACCUCCUCACUUCAGGACUGCCGCCAACGUUGCUUGUGCAUGGUAUUUCACCUGUCACUUCCACUACCCUCUGAACAAUUGGUGGCAAGUGAAGGGCACGUGAGAGACAAGUGCCAGUGGCCAUGGUAGCCCUGGGAACUAAGAGCAGAGACAUGUCAUUCAUUAUCUGCGUGGCUGUCACAGUUCAACUUUGGGAACCUUUGUGCAGCGAGACUGCUUCAUUCAUUGUGUGCAUGCAUGUUCAAACGCUGUCAAGUACUGUUCAGGUGUGACAGAGAAAGCCUGUUAUUGUGAAGCUCGAAGGAAGGUGAGAACACUGGAUGCCCCUUUAUUUUUGUGUGCCAGUUAUGGGUAUGUGAAGACUUUCAGCAAGUUAAGAGUGGGCCAUUUCUUUUGUUUAAACGCUGUCCAUUUAUGCUUUGCAUGUGCUGUUGUGAAAUGUUUUUUUUUUUGAGGUAGUGUGAAGCUGAUGAACCAAUCUCACUCUUUGAAGAAACUUGCUUUGCUUGCAUCUAUUCAACGAGCAGCUCCCGCUAAGGAGACUUCACGUUUGCUGCACCAGGCUCAAGAGUUUUGUGAGUAGUUUCGUAAGGCUAGCUGUGCGUUUGCGUCCAUACGUGUUUUGGAACCAAGAAAGGCACACGUCUGAGGCUCCAUUGAUGACUCAUAUACGCCGCCUUCUGGAAAUUUUAGCAAAGCAUAGGUGCAAAUACUUCUGGCUUUCAUUGCAUGCGCAGCAUCACUUUUGACAUAGGGCAGUUUACAGUGAUAGCAUACCCAAAUGCUUCCAUGAGAAAAGCUGCAAUAAUUUGGUGUGUGUUGAUGUGUACGUGUGUGUGCAUUGUAAAUAAUCAGGUAACCUGUAAAGGACCUCAGUAGCCAGGAGAUAAUGCUUGAUGUAGUGUUUUUAGGCCAGCUUUAAUUUCAUUGUUGUCCAUAAGGCACAUCUUUAGUCCCUCAAGUGAUCUGGCAUGGAAGCGUGUGAUAUACCUUCAAGGCUUUCUUGAGAAUCUGGAGAUAAUUGUGUUUUUAGCUUUUUUUUUUGUCUUGUUUACACAGGGGUGACCAGACAAGCUUGUGCAAGAUUGUUGAAGUUAUAUUUUCUAGCCAACGCCGUUAGUUUCAACUUUAUGUGGUGGCGAAUUGAACUGAGAUUAAUCUGCACAUGGCUCGCCUUCCUUAAUGUGCUUUCGCUUUCGCUGUAGCAAGAAGGGCGCUGGAUUUGUGAAUCGGUUGUGUAGAGACAUUUUCCUCUGAGUUUCCAGCGCCAUGGCUUUACUAGUCUUCGUUUAAGUCCCAGCAGCCUGUUUUAUUGUUCUUUGUGGUGUUGUGAGAUAUUUAUGUAUGCGUGGCUUAAACAACAUGUACACCUUCAGGUCACCAUUGUGACAGGCUCGCUUCCUUUUUGUUCUUGCCUCUAUACAGCUUCUUUUGUUGGUAACAUUUAACUAAUAGCUGAAGAUGUCUACAUUUACUUGCACCAUACUGGGGACUAACCAAACCACGCUCAUGUGCCCGGCAAGCUCUUUUCUAUUUGUGUGUACGCAUGCACCUUUGCAGUGACUUAUGGCAAAAUGGAGCUGAGUCUUGUACAUGUCCCUUUAAUGCAUGGGAAGAGCUUUGAGGCAUGCUCAUUUAGCAUUUGGUGCAUCUAAGUGGCACACACUGUAUCUUUUUUUUUUUUUUAGCUGUAUGCCGACAUCUUCACUGUCGUGAUUGAGCAAGCUGUACCUGUGCGCAGUGAUCAACGAAUGAAACGUGAUAAAUGCAAGCGAUGCACAUCGGGUUGGUGUGAUGAUGUAGAUAAAAAAUAAGCAUGCGCAGUCUCCUCCUUCCUGUACUAAAGACGUAUUUUUUCUAGCGCAUUGUCGCACGUCACACACAUUCUAAGUACAGCGAAUGCGCAUUAUUGCAUUUCAUUUGUUGAGGACUGUGCAUUACCUAGCAAUACUUUGGGGGUGGAGGCAGGAGGCUAGGUAAAGCAUGGUUGCGUGCAGGUGGUACAUCGUUGGUGCACUUUCAUUUCCCUAACUUAGUGGUGCUCUCUUUAACCUAGUGCCUUCUUCAUGUCUGUCGACUAUAUACUCUGGAGCCAUCUCCUUGCAGAUAUGGCAGCACAGCUUUUGUGCAUUGUGCUGUGAUGUGAUUUUUGGGAGACAUAUCAUGGAUUGAGUGCAUUUCCUUUUUGCAUCUAAAACACCGAGUCACUCACAUCCUGUGCUGCAACAGUAGUACUAUUGGUGAUGGAAAAACUUUCCUUCUUGGGCUUUCAGUCCUGGCGAGAUGUGGUCGUGGAUCUUGGCUGUGAUUCCUUUCCCAUUGCCCUUUCUAAAUGAUUUUACUUGUUUUAAUUCGUUGCACUUAUUUUCUUCUUUGAAAUGGUCGUCUGCGCUUCACUGCUUUAAAUAAGUGUGUGAGAGGUUGUAUAUUUUUACUAAUUACUAGGCUAUCUGCACUUUGAUGAAAUGUGGUUUCGUAUUUUUUUUACUAUUUCUUUAGUUGUAAUAACAAAUUAACUUCCAUAUUUUACGUGCGUGUGCGCAUUAUGUUAGAUUUACAAGAAACUAAAUUGUUGCCAGUUGCAAACUUUGUUGCACUAGAGGUUGUGCCUUGAAGUUUUGUUCCGAAAGGUUUGUCUUCAUGAUCUGAGAAAAAGAAAAACAGAAAAUGUGAAAAAGGGAAAAAGGCUGUAGUACCCUUGGUGGCUGUAUAACUUGUCUAUAUACCAUAUUUAAAUAUAUUAUUUUCUAGUUUUCAAUGUUGUGUAGUAAAGAAAUUUUUCUGACCUA